CAAACACCCCACCAACACCCCGCCUUCCGGACGCCGAUGAGGACGAGACGACAUGACUGUGAAUGGGGACGCUAAAUCGCAGGCCGUUGAUCGCGAGGAGUUGCGACACGGGCUUGUGACAAGCUCUACGAAGCGCAGAAUCACCGAGUUGUCUGCGCUACAGCAAAAGGCCACCGACGAGUCUCUGCUCUCUUCCGAUCUCCAAGCUCUCCUCGAGCUGCUCAUCGAAACAUAUCCACUCUACGAGGACCGCGAAUCACGCCGCGCCGUCGAGGCAGUGCUGAAGUCGCUUAUAAUCGGCCCACAUGGCGACAUUGUUCUGCCCGCAAUCGUCAAAUUUAUGAAACAGGAAUGCCUUAAGAAGGGUAUUGCACACGUCAAUGCAUUUGUCCUGGUGGACUGGUGUUCAGACAUCCUCAUAGAACUCGCAAAGUCGCCGGAGCGAUGGUCGAAGUACGGGUUGGACACAGCACUCGCGACCGCGCGGGUGCUGGAAACAUGCAUGGGCGCAGGCAACAGCCGUCGAGCAGUCCGUAUUCAGGACUCCGCCUUGGUAUCGACACGUCGGGCUCUGCGCGCUGUCUUCCGGUCGCAGGAGAUUGGACAGGACGCUCUUGACAAACUGGUGGCGACUCUCACGGCUAAAGGCGCUGCUCCCACAGCUGGAAAUGCUGUCUUCCUCGGAGUCAUUGCCGGUGUCUCGUCGCGACUACCGACCGUUAAGCCGUGGCUUGAACAACGGAAGCAAGACUACUACACCUUCUACGUUCGAGAAAUCAUCGGAUCGCGGAGUCAAUUGCCCGACCAUGUGUCGAAUGCGCUGCACGACUUCUUCCACAGCUAUCCCACACUAGAAGAGCUGCGCAAGGAGGUCAUACAACCCGUCGAAAAGGCUCUGCUGAGAGCGCCCGAAGUGGUUCUGAAUGAUCUCGUUGCGCCUAUGAUAUCAGCUCUGCCUGAAUCCAUGGAUCUCUCCGAUAUUUUACUAGGAAACUUGCUAAAGCCUCUGCUCUCCAAUGUCAAGUCCAGCAAUCCCGUUAUUCGAGCAGGCGCCUUGCGGACUUUCGAGGCAUUAGCUUCGCGUUCACGGAGCGACGACACAAUCAGCAAGGUCGCAGAUGAGAUUCUGAACCCCUUGAAGCAGGGCAAGGUUUCGGGUGUUGACCAAAAAGUUCUACAUGCUCAGAUGCUAUCGGCGUUGCCAGAAUCUCAGUCCUUGUCCAGAAAGAUCCCGGCGAACAUUGCUCCUGUAGCUCUAAAAGAGCCGAAUGAACCAGCUGUGGUAGCUGAGGUAUCAGCAAUGACAAAGCAUCUCACCUUUGGAUUGUCAAAUGAAGUUUCUCUUGAUAAGACCGUGGCGGAUGCUUUCAUCAAGGGCAUGGCAGACAAACGCGUACUCGUACGGCGGCUUUGGGCAACUCGCGCUGCAGACAUCUGGUGGGAUCUUUCGGACACGCAGCAUGCACAACCAGACAUCCUCGCAUUCUGUCAAGCCACGCUUCCGAAACUUGUGGAGAUGUGGCAGGAAGUUGUCGCGAAUCCCAUUCCCGCAACACAGAGUGGCUUGGUAACAGUAGGUUAUUAUGUCGCGGCUCUUCUCAUCACACGAGUACGCUACUCGAAAGAUGACAAGCUCGCCGCCAUUUACAAGAAAUCCGAUGUUCUCGCCCAGUCCCUCACAACUCAACCAAAACCCUCCUUUCUUCUCAACCCAAAAGUAUACUCCAAGCUGUCUACUGAAGACGAUGUCGGAAUUGUGCUUCGUGCUUUGACAGCUGUCGCACCAUCUCUGAUCGAAGAAUCAUCCUCAAAGGAGGUUGGCGAGGCAUGGGCAGAAGCGUUCAUAUUUUUCAUAGUGGCGCAGAACGUGUCCGCCAAAGCCAAGUCUGCAGCCAAGCAAGCGUUGACACAGACAUAUCUUCAAGUUUCGCCUGAGAAAAUCAGCGGUAUCCUAGUAGAAGGCCUAUGGUCUUGGUACAGAUCGAGCGAGCGAGAAGACAAGGAAAGUGCAGCAAUUGCGUCGAAGACGGGUUCAAGUGAGCUUAGUGCUGUCCUGAGCGCCUUUUGUUUGCCACUGGAAUCUGUGAAGAAGCUCGAAUCGACCAUCGACCAAGAAAGUCUGCACAAACAAGCAUUGAGCCUCGUUGUGCUAGCAAGACCAGAAAUCAUGCCUCGAGCAUCUUGGAUCGAUCUAUGUCUUCGGAUGGGCGUGGACCCAGGCCAGCUGGUGCGCGACAAUCUAGGUGGCUUCGUGAGCACAAUUAACGAGACAACUGAGAACCAGGAGAACGAUCAAUUUCUCUCUAUCAGCCUUGCAGCGUACAGCGCAUACACUGAUAUGGCUUUUGUGGCACCGGACGCGGCCCUCCCCGCAGUUGUGACACAGUUCAGCCUAGAUAUGGAUCCGGGUCAGCUUGAAUCAAUAGGCCCAACUGAAGCUGCUAUCUUCCGCACGCCAGAAGGUACAGCUUAUAUCGAUGUGCUGUCCAAGAAGGCCCAUACCACGAUCGACAAGAACACCAAGGAUUACGACACGCUGAAGUGGGAAGAAGAGCUCCGUGCACAACUUGCGCAAAAGAAAGGCCAGACAAAGAAGCUCACUUCAGACGAGCAAGCCAAGGUCAAUGCUCAAUUAGCCAAAGAGGCGGCCAUCAGAAAAGGCGUUAACGCGACAGAACGGAGGAUGAGACGAGGAGUCGGCAUCAUCCACAGCCUUGCAACUGGCCCACCUACUGAAGCUGAACGCUGGAUGGGUCCAGCCGUCGAUCUCCUUAUCCGUGCGAUUCGAGCGGGCGCUGGUCUCCUCCUCGGAGAUCUACCAGCGACAGCUUUCAUUGCAUGUUCACAACGAAUCUCCAACCGACUUGGACCACUGCGUCCGUUUGUUGGCGUUGCUACGUUGAGGACCAUUGGUUCCAUACAACUGUCUGACGAGUACGAAGCAGAAAACAUCGGAGACUUGGUCACACGUAUUCUUUAUCGGCUUCGAUUCUUGUGCGAGCAACGACCACUGGACACCGUAUCUCUUGCGUAUUGUUUUCCUCUCAUUUUCCUCGUGCUUGAGAAAGGUGGGAUAGGAAGGCCGUCCGCAGAAGAAGCCGACGAACAACUCAUCCUGGCGUUUGAGAUCCUGGCAUUCCACACCAACUCUUGCACCGACGAUCGUCUUCCACGAAAAGACUUACUCGACAUCCUGAUUUGGUCCAUGCAGCGCUAUCAACAACACUACAAGAUGAUCAAGGACUGUUUGAUGGAUCUCUCCAGAGGUCUAUCCCCUAACAUUACUAACAACGAGCUGGGCGCAUUGCUCCGAGGAACGAUUGUGCCCGAAACUGCUGUUCGUACGGCAGCUCUACAAGCCAUUGAUGCUGAACUCGACAUGAACGAUUUGAAGUUCAGUGAAGAAAUAUGGCUCGCAUGCCAUGAUGACGUCCCUGAGAAUGUAGAGCUUGCACAAACCAUUUGGGAAGACAACGAUCUGGAGCUCAAGGCGGAAGCUGGAACACAAAUGGAACCUUACCUUGAUUCGCUCGACAAACAGUUAAGGAGAGCAGCUGCCCGCUCUAUGGGUGAGAUCAUUGUGAAAUUCCCGGAAACAUUUGAUGGUCUUCUCAAGAGUCUCCAGAAUUCUUACAAGGAAAAGGCCAAACCAAGGGUCCCCGAACGUGACGAAUAUGGUAUGCCACGUAAGGUCGACCUGCGAGAUCCCUGGGAAGGCCGUGACGGUAUUGCACUUGCGUUCAAAGAAAUGACGCCAGGUUUCAAGCCCGAUGACCUGGUAGACUUCCUGACUUUCAUGGUCUACGAUGGCCCCUUGGGUGACCAAAGCGCUGCCGUGCGAGACGAGAUGAUCGAAGCGGCUACAUCCAUCAUCACCACUAAAGCGCUGUCCGAAGUAGAACCACUGAUGGAACUGUUCGAAAAUGCGCUUGAAGGAACCGAUCGCGGGUCAGAGAUGUACGAUCAAGUGAACGAAGCUGUCAUCAUUCUCUAUGGUGCCCUGGGCCGCCAUCUGACAGCAGGGGAUGAGCGCGUACCCAAGGUAGUUCAGAGGCUGUUGGCUACAUUGAGUACACCUUCUGAGACAGUCCAAUAUGCCGUUGCUCAGUGCCUUCCACCUCUGAUUCGAACGUCGGAUCAGGAGGUUUCCGCGUACAUCGAUCAGAUGAUGGAGCAAUUGCUCCAAGCAAAGAAAUACGCUUCGAGACGUGGGGCUGCCUACGGUCUUGCGGGUAUCGUUCGGGGUAAAGGCCUCAGCGUACUCAAGGAGUACCGCAUUAUGUCUACCCUCAGGAACGCUACGGAGAACAAGAAAGACAUAAACCAAAGGCAAGGUGCAUUCUUAGCAUACGAACUCCUUUCGCUCAUCCUGGGUCGUCUGUUCGAACCGUACGUCAUUCAGCUUGUGUCACAGUUACUCGCUGGUUUUGGCGACAGUAGUGCAGAUGUUCGAGAGGCAUGCCUUGACGCUGCAAAGACAUGUUUCUCCACACUGAGCUCUUUCGGCGUGAAGCAGAUCUUGCCUAUCCUUCUUGAAGGUCUCGAUGAUCAGCAAUGGCGAAGUAAGAAGGGUGCCUGCGACUCACUAGGUGCCAUGGCAUACUUGGAUGCGAACCAACUGGCUAUAAGCUUACCAGACAUCAUCCCGCCUUUGACUACAGUGUUGACAGACAGUCACAAAGAAGUUCGACUAUCAGCGAAUCGGAGCUUGCAGCGCUUUGGAGAGGUAAUCAGCAACCCCGAGAUAAAGAGCGUUGUGAGCGUUCUCCUCAAGGCACUCAGCGACCCGACGAAAUACACAGAUGAUGCGCUCGAUGCACUUAUCAAAAUUCAGUUUGCUCAUUUCCUCGACGCUCCAUCUCUUGCACUUGUGGUCCGUAUCCUCGAGCGUGGUCUAGGAGAUCGGUCGGCAACGAAGCGAAAAUCUGCUCAAAUCAUCGGAAGCUUAGCGUAUCUCACAGAGCGCAAAGAUGUCCUAUCACAUCUACCAAUCUUGGUUGAUGGCUUGCGAGUAGCGAUCGUGGAUCCGGUGCCAACUACUCGUGCCACUGCCUCAAAGGCCCUCGGUUCCCUUAUGGAAAAGCUUGGAGAGGAUGCUCUGCCAGACCUCAUCCCAAGCCUUAUGACCACUCUCAAGUCCGAUACUGGAGCUGGAGACAGAUUGGGUUCCGCUCAAGCCCUUUCCGAAGUUUUGGCUGGUCUUGGAACUGGCCGUCUAGAAGAAACUCUGCCAAGCAUUCUGCAGAACGUGGCCAGCAACAAGGCCUCGGUUCGCGAGGGAUUCAUGUCUCUCUUCAUCUUCUUGCCAGCUUGUUUCGGAAACAGCUUUGCAAACUAUCUUAGCAAAAUCAUCCCGCCCAUCCUUGGCGGACUUGCCGAUGAUGUCGAGUCGAUUCGAGACACUGCUCUGCGUGCUGGUCGUCUCCUGGUCAAGAAUUUUGCUACCAAAGCCAUCGACCUUCUCCUUCCCGAGCUCGAGCGGGGUCUUGCGGACGACAGUCAUCGUAUUCGUCUCAGUUCCGUGGAGCUUGUGGGAGACUUGCUGUUCAACCUUACUGGUAUCAGCGGCAAGGCUGAGGAGGAUGAAGUCGAAGAAGGAGCCAAGGAGGCUGGCCAGUCGCUGCUCGAGGUUCUCGGUGAAGACAAACGGAACAAGGUCUUGUCUGCACUCUACAUCUGUAGGUGCGAUACAUCCGGCCUUGUCCGCACCGCUGCCAUCAACGUCUGGAAGGCCUUGGUGGCUACCCCACGCACUCUUCGCGACCUCAUUCCUACGCUUACUCAAUUCAUCAUCCGUCGCCUAGCGAGCUCGAACAUGGAGCAAAAGGUCAUUGCUGGGAACGCUCUUGGAGAGCUCAUCCGAAAAGCUGGAGAUGGUGUUCUGGCAACCCUCCUCCCUACUCUGGAAGAAGGUCUGCACACCACCGAUACUGAUGCCAAACAAGGUAUCUGCAUAGCACUGCGCGAGCUCAUCUCCUCGGCUUCACCAGAGCAGCUAGAGGACUACGAGAAGACCCUGAUCCAGGUAGUAAGGACUGCUUUGGUGGAUUCAGAUGGCGACGUGCGAGAAGCUGCUGCAGAAGCCUUCGAUGCACUACAACAGAUCUUUGGCAAGAGAGCCGUCGAUCAGGUCAUGCCAUACCUGCUCAACUUGCUACGUAGCGAAGACGAUGCUCAGAACGCACUAUCUGCUCUCCUCACCUUGCUCACCGAUCAAGCGAGGUCCAACGUCAUUCUACCAAACCUCCUGCCAACGCUUCUUACUUCACCGAUGUCAGCGUUCAACGCACGAGCUAUCGCCUCGCUUGCUGAGGUUGCAAGCUCCGCUAUGACGAGACGACUACCAAACAUCCUCAACACCAUGAUGGAUAACAUUAUCGUUUGCAAGAGUGACGAGCUUAGGUCAGAGCUCGAGUCAUCGUUCGACAAGGUGCUUUUGUCGGUCGAUGAAUAUGACGGUCUCAAUACUGCUAUGAGCGCCAUGCUCGCAUUGGCCAAGCACGAUGAUGAGCGUCGACGUGCGCGAGCCGACAUGCAUUUGGCCAAGUUCUUCGCCGAAACGGAUGUCGACUUCUCAAGAUACUACCCUGACCUCAUUCGGGCAUUGCUUAUAUCCUUUGAUGAUAGUGACCAGGAAGUGCUCAAGGCAGCAUGGACCGCACUCAGUACACUCACCACGAAACGUCUACGGAAAGAGGAGAUGGAAUCUCUUGUCAUCUCAACCAGGCAGACACUCAACCAAGUGGGUGUUGCUGGCGCAAAUCUCCCCGGUUUCUCCUUACCCAAGGGUAUCAAUGCUAUUCUUCCCAUCUUCCUGCAAGGUCUCAUGAACGGUUCGGUGGAGCAACGGACACAGGCUGCCCUCGCCAUCUCAGAUGUCAUUGACCGUACUAGCGACAAAGCACUACAGCCCUUUGUCACUCAGAUUACCGGUCCUCUCAUCCGUGUGGUGACUGAGCGUUCGACGGAAGUCAAGGCGGCUAUUCUACUCACGCUCAAUAACUUGUUGGAGAAGAUUCCAACAUUCCUCAAGCCAUUUUUGCCUCAGCUUCAGCGAACGUUUGCGAAGUCGCUUGCCGACACGUCGUCUGAUCUUCUGCGAGCACGAGCAGCAAAGGCUCUUGGUACAUUGAUCAAGUUGACACCAAGGGUGGACCCUCUCAUUGCAGAACUUGUGACUGGGUCAAAGACCAGCGAUCAGGCAGUCAAGAACGCCAUGUUGAAGGCCUUGUUCGAGGUGGUGAGCAAGGCUGGUAAGAACAUGAGCGAGGCGAGCAGAAACGCAAUUCUGAGUCUCAUUGAUAACGAGCAAGACGACUCUGAUGAUGCCAUGUCUAUAACGUAUGCCCGACUGUUGGGUGCCCUCAUCGGCUGCCUACCUGAAGAGGCUGCCGCCAGCCUGAUCAAGUCUCGUGUUCUCACGACCCACUUCAGCAAAUCUUCACUGUUGGCGCUCAAUGCCGUAUUGCUCGAUGCUUCAAGUGCACUAACGGGAUCUUUGGCUGACGAAACUGUGUCUGUCAUCGGCCAAGGUAUGGGUCACUCGCAGCCUGUCAUUUCAGACAACUCGAUUCUAGCUGCGGGCAAAUAUCUGCUAGGGGAAGAGACAAACAAGACGUUUGACCAUACGAAGCCUUUGUUUGAAGCACUGGCGCCACUGAUUGAGCCGGGCCACCCAGUAGAUACGAGACGUCUAGCCCUUGUGGUUCUGCGUACCGUUGCCCGAAAGCACAACGAUUUGGUUCGCCCCCACAUCCCGCUUUUUGUACCGGCCGUGUUUGCAUCGGUUCGCGAUCCUGUCAUUCCAGUCAAGCUCUCUGCCGAAGCAGCGUUCCUCACCAUCUUCUCGGUAGUGGACGAAGAGAGCGAGGUGUUUGACAAGUAUAUGAGUGGAGCGGGCAAGAGCUUAUCCGCUGGACAGCAACGCAGCAUGGGUGACUACUUCAAGAGGGUAGCGCUCAGGCUCGCUGGACAAGCGCGUGAGAGGAAGGAGGCCGAGGGUGGUGCUGGUGGGCUUGGCCUGUCAAGCGAUGAGAUGGAGGAUGAGAGGGAGAUCUGGAGUGUGGGCAAGGUGGACCUGGAGGAUGUGUUUGGUGAUGACUCGUAGACAGGCAGGGCAUGAAGGAUGCUUACGACACAAAAGCGAUUGUUUGGGAGGUUGUGGGCAUGGGUUAGGAUGCAUUUACAGGAGCAUUUGACCACGAGUGUAUGAAUGUUUAGUUAAUGAUUCUUUGAACUUGG